AUGUACGACUCCGUGGUGAAUAUGGCCGCGGUUCUCAAUGAUCCCCUGGACAGGCAGUUCGACAUCUUCUCCCGCGACUGGGGUGAGGCCUUUGAGCGCGCUGUGGUUCUGCCUCCGAACCAACCCGAAAUUACCGAGCACCACUUCCGGACUUAUCUCAGUCAGUUAUCGCAACGACGGGUCCGUCUGGUGCCCCCUAGCGGUGAGGUCUCGGCACCUUUAUCGCCUCCAGGUAAGAAGCUUGGGGAGAUCAGCUUGCUACUGGAACUGUGGUUUCUUGCCUUGGUUUUGGCCGAUCGAAUGUGUCCAGUAGUAGUUCAAGUGAUAAAGUUGGGCUUUGAUUUCGCACCUCAGUACAUUCAGUGUGUUCAGUAUCAUUAUCAGUUUAUUGAAGGAAAAAUAGGCGAACGCCUUUGA